UCAGCUAGCUAUAAGUCAAAAUCCUGUCAAAAUCAAAAAAAUUAUUAAAAUUCCAAAACUUUACGUUUUAGUCACUGGAUCCACAGUACAGAACAAAUAAAUGUCACAUGUUGCAUUAGCAUUGUCGGUCUUUGCUUAAAGCAUACAAUUUUUUGUUUACAUAGCAAAUAAUCUUGCAAAAGUUACUCAUACGCCAUGUUGUCAUAAAACAAAUAGCUUAUCUAGAUAAAUUGCAGUAUUUGUACAUAUUUAAGCACAAAAAAAAAAGGCUGGAGAGCAAAGUAAACAUAAAAUAUGUUUAAUAAAAAAUAGUAAAAUUAUUUUGAGCAAAUAAUUUUAAAAAAGAAACGAAUAUCGAGAACAUGCAAAGCAUUUAAUUUUGCAGAAACCAAAACUUAAGCAGGGAGCCAACUUUUUUUUCAUAUACUAAUGGAAAUUUUGCAAAAUUUCUACUAUACGAAUAAAUGUAAUCGUCAUAAAGUGAUAAAAAAUUAUAUAAUAAUGCAAUGUUAUUAGAAGCUAUGUAGUAGAAACCGGAAACGCACUCACGCUACUUUCUUUAAUGCAGCGCUUACGAUGGUAGUACAAAACUGAUUACAUUAAAAGGCAAAGCAAAUUAGCUUUCUGAUCAAGAAAAACAUAAAAAAAACUAAAAAUACAACCUGAACCGUCAAAAUCAAUAGAAAACGUCAAAAAAAAUAUCAAGCAUCACCAAAAACAAAUAACAAACAACAUAAAACAUAAAACAAGUAGCAACGCAGUCAACCGCAAAAAGCAGAAAUCAAUAGGCAAAAGCCAAAAGUUGCGCAUACGCCACCGCCCGCAGUACAACGUUUGCACAUAUACCGCUAGGUAGUUGCGUACAGCCUGUAGCUGCUCAACACCGUAUUCCAGCAAUCAACUUGUGCUGCUUUAAAAACACAACAACAGCAAGCCACAAACAGACUUCAAACGAUUUACCAAUGGGAUGGAGCUUGAAACCAAUAACAUUAUGAACAGCGCGUAUACGUAACUUAGCUAAACUCAGUGAGGCACAAAAAUAACCGAAGAGCUUUGAAAGAGGAAAAGAUUGUUGAAGAAUGUCUAAAAAAAUGGAGUCCAAAAUAUCGAAUUUAUUUUACAUCAGUCUAUUGGCGAGCUUUAUGCCACAAUAUGCGCAAACCGGAAAGACGGAAGCCAGCGAACCGCCUGCUGGACAAGAGCACGGCAGCGCGAGCUUGGCUAUAGCACGCGCACGAGCGCUGGCGAAUAUACAAGAGCAGCUCUUGCCGAAUUUGAAUCUUUUACAACUGGAGGCAAAUGAGUUUCUGAGUCGGGUCAAUGGCGCCAUCUAUAAUAUGACCUUCAACGAGACCUACGAAGAGGAGAUGAUGUGCCACAAUGGACAGAAUGCGAUUGCCAAUCUGGUAACGAUGAUACUCUAUGCACUCGUUUGCAUUAUUGGACUCCUCGGCAAUACGCUCGUUAUUUAUGUGGUGCUGCGUUUUUCGAAAAUGCAAACAGUCACCAAUAUCUAUAUACUCAAUCUAGCCAUAGCCGAUGAAUGCUUUCUGAUCGGUAUACCAAUACUCUUGUAUACCAUGCAAAUCGGCAGGUGGCCAUUUGAUGAUUAUGUGUGUAAAGCUUAUAUGGUGAGCACAUCGAUAACACAAUUUACAUCCUCAAUAUUCUUGUUGAUCAUGUCAGCUGAUCGUUAUAUAGCCGUUUGUCAUCCGAUAUCAUCGCCACGCUAUCGUACGCCAUUUGUAUCGAAAUUGGUCUCGGGUUUUGCUUGGUUGACGUCGGUGCUACUUAUGUUGCCCGUGAUACUUUUCGCCAACACAGUGCAGUCGAAUGAGGAUCACGUGUCGUGCAACAUUAAGUGGCCCGAAGCACAAAAUACACAAUCGGGUACCACAUUUAUACUGUAUACACUGACAUUGGGCUUUGCCACACCGCUUACCUUCAUCUUGAUAUUCUACUUUCUCGUUAUACGCAAAUUGCAUACGGUCGGUCCAAAGCAAAAGUCCAAAGAGAAGAAGCGCUCCCACCGCAAGGUGACCAAACUGGUGCUAACAGUGAUUACAGUAUACAUACUGUGUUGGCUACCCUAUUGGAUAUCACAAUUGGCGCUCAUCUAUUCGUCGCCAAGCAAAUGUGCAUCAAGACUCGAGAUCACCAUAUUUCUUCUAGCCGGCUGUCUCGGCUACUCAAACUCGGCCAUGAAUCCCGUACUUUAUGCAUUUUUGAGUGACAAUUUCAAGAAGAGCUUCCUGAAAGCUUGCACUUGUGCAACGCGUAAGGAUGUUAAUGCCCAGUUACAUAUGGAGAAUAGUCUCUUUCCGAAAUUCGGCAAGAAUCGCCAAUCGGACCACCGUCUAUUCUCACCGAAAAAGGCGAAACAGAAGAAGAUGGUGGUAACAAGUAAUAACAAUGCUACAAAUAUGCUCAAUACGGCAGCAGCAACAACCACGACGACGACGAAUACAACAACAACUAGCAAUAAUAGUGCCGCCAAUCAAAUUGUUGCUUAUCCCGAACCACAGACAAGCAAUUUGCCGACACUGAAGACGCCGCUAGUGAGAGCUAAGCAACAUGCCGCUGGGAACGUUGUGCCGGGCACAAAUGCAACCGUGCUUUUUGUGCGGGACACAUCGUGCGCAGAUGUGUUGGAACAUCAGUUCGUAGCUGAAGGCACCUCGAAGUCGAUUGAUACCGAUAUGAGUUAUAAAGCGCCAGUGUUGCACACAGACUUAUAAGACUUGGCUAUGGGUGGUCGUACUCCAGUCGAGACAAUUGUCUAUGUGGCAAAUAGAUGAGUAUCAGCGAGAGAGUUCCGAAAUGAAGAGUUGAUAUGAGCGAUAUUUAUGGCUGAAAAAAGAGCAUUAUAAUUUUGUAGAGUGAGCAAGUCGGUUAGAUUUAGAUUAGGAGUAUAUAUUUGGGACUGAACAGUUAUGUUUGGAAAAUGAAAAGGAGAGAAGUUGAAGCAUGAGAAAAGAGCGAGAGUAUAGAUAUUAAAAGUAGAGAUAAAAAAUUCAAUGGUAUAAUUUAAGGUCAUUUAUGUAUAUAUUUAGGAAAAGUAUAGCAAAAUAAAAGCAUACGAAAUGAGCUUUGUGAUAGAAGUAUCGCUACUUAUUCACUUUCAAUUUGAUAUUUAAUUAUUAAAAUAUAGAAUAAUAAAGUGGGCUUGUAAGCAUUUAGAAGAAAGCGAGUAAGCGGUAUUAAAAAAGUACUAAAAAUUAGAAGCUUUUUUCCGAUAUUGUAUCAAAAUUAUGCUGAGAGAAGCGUAUGAUCAAAUUCAUCGAUGAUGUCUGGACUUGCAAUUACAUUUACAAUCUAAGCACUCAAUUAUUCUCAUAUUCUCAAUAUUUUUCAGUGGAGGAAAUUCCCAUCGCCACUGUUCAGCAUAGCAAAAGUUCUUAAAAAUUGCAAUUAUUAGAAAGCGUAAGCUGCAAAAACUAGCCGUGGUGAAUUUCAAAUUUUUAGUACAUGUAAAUACUAUUUAGUUUAGAGUUACUUUUAAAGCGUGACACAAAAAUCUUGAGUCUUUUCGAUAUGAAAAUAAAAGUCCAUAGAGCUAUAUGGAAAACCCGCAAUCUUUGAGGUUUAAAGCUUAAGAGUCAUAUAAUUAAUAUAACUUGGAUUUUUUCUCUCUGUUUUACCACCAAUUUCGUCCUAGGUCGUUUGGUGCUGUAAAAGCUUACAUAGAGCUUACACGAAAUCUUAACAUAUUUUUUUUACCACACUAAUUCUCUUCACCUUUGCCCAAGUCUUUUGGGUCUGUUGUGAUAUUUGCACAAGGCAUACGAAAAAAAGUUUUAUUUAAAAAAUAUUGCAGUUUUUAUAAAUACUAAAGUUUAUAUUAGAUAUUAAAGUAAAAUAUUUAUUAAAAAAAAUAUAUAUGUAUAAUAUUUAUUUAAAAUUAAUUAAAUAUAAUAUUAACUAACUGUUUAAUAAAUUCAAAGAAUUAAAAAAAUUAAAAAUAAAUUAAAAGUUAAAGUAAAAUAACAAAUAUUAACGUUCUCAAUAUAAGAUCGAUCGAAUUUAUCUGUUAUUGCAGUGUUAGAUUCUAUAAAGGAAAAGAAAUAGAUGUUGAAAUUUUAGCGCAAUAAGUAUUUACUACCAAGCAGGUUUUCAAGUUUAAGUUUAUUAAGUUAAAAAUAAAAUUUAUGUGUGUGAUAUGUUAAUGAUUAAUAUUUGUAUCACUAAACAAAAAAAAAAAAAUAUUUUAAGCUGCAUAAGUUAAUGAUUAACUUGUAAUAUACAAACAUACAUAUAUGUGUCUGUUAACAUAUAUAAUCGGACUUUUUUAUUGUAAAUAUACAAGUAAUAUUAUAAAAAUGUAAUAAAAAUAUUUAAAAAAUAUUGUGUAGUACAGAAUUAUUUUAAGCUUUUCCAGGAACAAAAUUGCUUAAUUCUUAAUAUUUGUUAAUUUCAAAUAUUUUUAAACUGAAUAUACAAAUUAUUUUUGUAUGAAAAAAUUGCCUAAGGGGCUACAAAAAGAAAAUGUGUGUAAAAUGGCGAAAUGUUUUGAAUUAAUCGUGUUUUUUAAUAUUAGCUAGAAGUAAAAGUAAGAGUAUUAAUAUAAAUUAAAAUUAAUUAAAGUCUACUAAAA